AUGCUUUCUACAGUAAUAAACUGCAGGCGUUGGCAGGCUCUCAUUCGCUCGUCAUCAUCCGGCGCUAGUUCUGCUCCCAGAAGUCCAACUCCAGCUGAUGAGUUACCUACUACUGACUACAGCACUGGGCCACUGUUGCUUGGCUUGCGGUACGAAGCCGAGAGGGAACAGCUUUCGGAUGAGCAGCCAUGCUGGCACUCGGCCUUUGUGCCUCAUCCUGAUUGUAUGUCCAAAGUGGUCCAAGAUCCUGGUAUGUUGCGCUCUCAACAGUCUUGCGAAGUGUAUUCUGAGAGCAUUCUGUACCAACGUAUCUGCCGACUUCCUGAUCAGCGCCUGCUGCAUGGAAGACUCGCCCAUAACUUGCUGAUACGAGCCAUGCACGAGGCUGAGACGAGAAGUCGUUCUCUUAUACCCACUGGCGCACGUCGUGGUGACUUGAAGCCUCUACCGUACAAAUUCAAGCCGAGUAGUCGAGGUCGAUAUGCAGACUCUACAAGUGAGAUUAUGUCCACUUACAGACAGAUAUGCGUAUCGCUUGUUGCUUGUAUUCGGGCGGCCGGUGGCGCAUGCUUUGUAGGGCUUCGGAUGAUACUGCGAAUUUGUGUAGGCGACUUUGAUGGGUUGAUUGAGACCUCCCGCCCAACGUUAUCAUCAAUGCAGUUCCUCAUCUGCAGAUUGAGUCAGCGGAGAAGACAGGGCGCAGGCACUGUGGAGCCCCAGAAAGGAGUUCUCACGACAGGCACGAGCAUCAUAGCAUCAUGCAAGCGGAUCCCAGAAGCCGAGAUAACAGUGACCGACAGACUGGUCGGUCUCCCACGCUGUCUCGGCAUGCUUCAAUGGUAUACUCGGCAGUGUCGACCUGGUUCCUGGUUGCGAGGUGAUAAGCUCCCAGCUCUGGAGUACUUGGAGCAAUGCAUCUCUGCAGACACGUCAAGCCGGAGAGCGGGUCUGAUAUGGCAUGCAUGUGUCAAAGUGGCCCCAAGACGUGGCUUGGCAGCUUUCACAUGCAGACAGUUGAGAAAGGCAGCCCUGAAGCAGGCCAUCGGUACCACCUCGCCACUUCCCCGAGCCCCAGUAAGCCGACCAUGGCAAUGGCAUGGCAUGGGCCAGCGCAACGAGCUUGCCGACUCCGUAUCUCAGGGCCAAUCAGAGGGCGGCGGAGAGCAGCAUGCUAUCGUUGCGUCGGCGGAUCGAGAUGGAAAUCAGGAUGUUGUCGCCCACUCACGCGGCUCUGGCUCUGGCUCUGGCUCUGGCUCUGGCUCUGGCAGCGGCGGGCCACCUGAGAACGGAUAA